GGUAUUGAAGAAACUGCCAACCAUCAGCAUCAUGUGUACACUGUACAGAUUUAGGAUCCUUUGCUACACUAUUGUCGCGAAGGUACUUCACAGGACUUGAUUUGAAGUAUGUUUUUUGUUUGAUUUGCUCAUCAAUCAUGGUCAAAUUCAAUCUUCUUCGUAUAAGUAUGGCUGUCAGACUCCUAUCCACAUUGAAGUCUUUCUGAGCGCUGUUGAAGUGGAAAGCUUUCGAGUGGUGUACUUGAAGCCUCUCCACUUCAAUUGCGCUCAGGCGUCGAAUUCUCGUGGUUUUUGAAUCUUCUCCUCUCGUCAGCCUUGAGGACAAAGAAUGGAGAGGAGCCAGCCGUGACAUCAUUGUACGCUGCCAACUUACUGCCAAGCUAUCUACAGUACCCUCUUACCCACAUACCUGAGCCAUAGCUUCUGACCUCCUUACCCUCGUCCUCACAGGUUUCUUCCUCGCGAUGUCUUCGGAGAAGGCGUCUCUUCCCAUGAUGGCAGUCGCCAAUCUUAACCGUGAUGCGGAUUCACGAAUAUUCAACUGGAAGCAAUUCCUGAAAUUCUUCCUUACUUUGGCGAUAGUGUAUAUUUGGGGGUCCAUAUACCCCCUCAGCAGCCUCAUUGGUAUCAGGAGAGAUGUCACACCGCCGCUGGGUAUCCCAAAGAAGAUACAGAAACAUUGGGGUCAAUAUGCACCGUGGUUCCCAGUCGAGAAGUACAAGCGGCCUCCGAAAGGAUGCGAAAUCACUCAAGUGAACAUUCUUCAAAGACAUGGCGCACGAUACCCAAAUUCAUACGACUCUUAUGACGAGUCGAUCAAGCGUCUCAUGGAAGCGGACAAGUUCGUCGAUAGUAAACUGGAUUUCCUCAGUGAGUACGAAUACGACCUCGAGGAAGAAGAGCUGCUGCCGUUUGGUGCCUCGCAGUCCUUCGGAUCCGGAGAGACAGUAUUCCGACGAUACUCCCAUCUCGUCAAUGCAAAGAAUAUACCCUUUGUGAGAUCCUCGGGAAAGUCGCGCGCUAUUCAUAGCGCCACCAAUUGGACUGUUGGUUUUGCAGCGGCCUCACAUCAUCGAUACAACCCCAUCCUUUCCGUCGUCGUUCCCGAAGAACAAAACAAUACCCUGAACAAUGACUGUCCGAAUGCCGGAGACGGCACGAAGCAAAAACGAGCAUGGCUCAAAGUCUUCGCACCUCCCAUCGCCAAACGUCUGGAAAAGGCUGCUCCAGGGGCGAAGGUCUCGAACGACGACGUCUUCAACUUGAUGGCGAUGUGUUCGUUUGAGACUUUGGCGAAGGAAAGGGGGAGUGAGUUCUGUCAAUUGUUUAAGGAUCGCGAGUUUAAGAUGUUUGGGUAUCAUGGGGAUGUUGAGAAGUUUUACAAGACUGGAUAUGGCGAGCCUCUCGGCCCUGUUCAAGGUGUUGGUUAUGUCAACGAACUCCUCGCUCGACUCACGGGUCGACCUGUGCAAGAUCACACUCAAUAUAACUCAUCACUCCCCUUUCCUCUCGGACGAUCGCUCUAUGUUGAUUUCACUCAUGAAAAUCUCAUGGUAGCCGUAUACAGUGCUAUGGGAUUAUUCAACAUCAGUGAUAACCCGUUGAGCACCAAGAAGAUGGAGAAGGAGAGCAACCGAGUAUGGAUCGCGAGUAAGAUGGUGCCGUUUUCGAGUAGGAUGGUGGUGGAGAGGUUGACUUGUAGUGGUAGGAAGAAGAUGCAUGGGCCAAAGCUGGUGGAUUUUGACGACGAGGAUUGGGAGGACGAGCACGAGCACGAGCACGAGGAGAGUGAAGGAGGUGGAAGACAAGCGGGAGAGCAUGUCCGGGUACUCGUGAACGACGCUGUUCAACCGCUCGAUUUCUGCCAUGCGGGGAAGGGUGGAAUUUGCAGUCUUGAUGCCUUCGUCGAGAGUCAGGACUAUGCGCGAAGAAGUGGCGAUGGUGAUUUCGAGAAGUGCUACAAUUGAUUGAUUGGUUUCUUUGUUCCUUUAGUAGUUGGGUACGUCUUUCAUUUUUGUCGAGUGCUCUGGGGAUUGUCUGACAUUUCUCAAGUCGGUUGCACUGGUUUUUUAUUAUUUUUUUAGGGUCGCGCUUUAGGAUUUCCGUAUCGUGUACGUGGAACGACACGAUUAAUUUAUGGUUGUUGCCCUUUCGCUCGAUUCCUCCGUCACCUCUCUCUGGUGUCAAUUUGCAUAUUCCAAUGUCCUUUCUUCGCUGAAGUCUGUCAUGCUCUGUCUGGUAUUCACGCUUGCCCCUAGGAUUGUCUCAAACGCGAAUAGGUGUUUGAAACUAUUUGGUUUAUUUGUGCUGCGCAUCCUAAUAUAUAAAAUACUUCGUUGCAAAUAUGGAAUGGCAUAUUUGAGCUU